CCCCCCCCCCGCGCCCUCCCUCAUCUUCCUUUAAACACAAAGCUCCCUCCCUCGACCUUCUCCCAGACCUUCCUCCUCUCCUGCGACAGUGUUUCCACCGGCCUAGAAUUCUUGCUCAUGGCGCCGGCUUUCGUUCACCGUGAUCGGAACACCGUCUGCGUCAUGGACGCGUCGUGCCGGCUCGGCGUUUCGCUCGUUGAGAGGCUCCUACGAAGAGGAUACGUUGUUCAUGCCGCCACCUACGGCCGUGGUUUCGGUUCUCUUUAUCCGGUCUCGUCCUGCGGUGAGUCGGAGGUUUUGGAUGCUGAUUGGGUUUCUCUGAUGGCUGCUGUCGCAGGUGAAUCGAGCGGCAGCUUGAGGAGGCUCUUCGGCGAGAACCGGCGGCUUAAGCUGUUCCAUGCGGACCCCUUCGACUACCAAAGCAUCGUCGACGCCAUGAAGGGCUGCGCCGGGCUUUUCUACACGUUUGAGCCUCCUCAGGAUCAGUCCUACGACGAAUUCCUGGUUGAAGUGGAGGUGAGAUCCGCACACAAUGUGCUCGAAGCAUGCGCUCAAGUGGAAACCAUGGAGAGAGCGGUCUUCACUUCCUCGGUGACCGCCGUGGUAUGGAAAGAGAACCGCAAGGCGGCUGCAGACUUCGAUGAGAGGGAAUGGAGUGAACCCAACUUUUGCAGGAAAUACAAGCUUUGGCACGCGCUGGCGAAGACGUUAGCGGAGAAGACGGCGUGGGCGCUGGCGAUGGACCGAGGGGUGGACAUGGUCUGCGUCAACGCCGGCCUUCUCCUCGUGGCCGCGGACCUCUCCGUCGCCGACCCCUACAUGAAGGGCGCGGCGCAGAUGUACGAAGACGGCGUGUUGGUGACGGUGGACGUGGAUUUCCUCGUCGACGCCCACGUCGCCGUGUACGAGACCCCCUCAGCUUACGGGCGUUACCUCUGCUUCAACGGCGCCGUCUGCCAUCCCCAUGACGCCGUUAAGCUGGAGCGGCUGAUGUCCCACGACGCAGCCCAACCCGCCUCGAGUGACGGGUUGAGGACGACGCAGCAGCGGAUCCAGAACAAGAAGCUGAACAAGGUGAUGAUAGACUUCGACGCAGGGAGACACGUGGAAGAGUAGGUGCCGUUCAUCCGUGGGAAGUUGGGAGUGAAGUGACCGAAUGUGUAUUAGGUCUAAUUAUAGAUUAUUUAUGUGAUUAACUAUCCUUAGCAUAUCUAUUUCUGUACUUUGAAAUAUUUAAUCCUAUGUUUACUUUCACAUAAGUAAAAGAAAGACCGUAUUAUUAAA